AUGGCAGCACCGAAGGCAUUACCGGAGUGCUGGGGUCACCGUGGGGCCUCAGCAGCCUUCCCGGAGAACACACUUGCGAGUUUCGAGCGCGCGUUCCGCGACGGGGCAGAGGGGAUCGAGAGUGACGUGCACGUCUCCUUAGACGAUGUCGUGGUCAUGUUCCAUGAUCCAACUUUGGACAGAACGACCGACGGGACUGGUAAUAUCCGGGACCGAAACUGGCACGGCCCAGACGGGAUGGAACACCUGAAGACAAAGAAAGAGCCAAAGCAGUCCAUCCCUACUUUCGCAGAGACCGUCGCGCUGCUCAUGAUGCCCGAAAACCGGCACAUCACGUUCAACGUUGACGUAAAGGUGUUCAGCGACCCGACGCGCCUCUUCACGCUCAUGCACGAGAUCAUUGCGGGGCAGCCAAACUGGCAGACGGACCUCGCGCCGCGCAUAUUGCUCGGGCUCUAGCAUCCGCGCUUCGUGCAGCCCGCGAAGAAGAUCCUGCCAUAUUGCAAGCGGUCUUUCAUCGGAAGAAGCGCCUGGGUGGGCCAGAAGUAUUUCUGGGACAGCUGCGAGGUGUUCUCGAUCAAUUUUGCUACGCUCGCGAGCUGGGAGGGUCAGAAGUUCAUCGAAGAAUGCAAGAAGGAGGGAAAGAAAGUCAUGGCAUGGACUGUGAACGACCCUGGCGAGAUGGCCGAGUGCGUACGCAUGGGAGUAGACGUCAUACUCACUGAUAAGACGAAGGUCUGGCUUGACCUGCGUGAGGAAAUGAAGAAUGACUACGAUGGCGUUAUGCGGCGGUACAGUCGCACCUUCCUCUGGACGUCUAGCCGGUACUACCUGCCCACCCGGAAGCUUUGGGAAGGGCUCCUGCUGUAUAUCUUGCAGAAGUAUGGCGGGCCGCUGGAUCAAUUUGAUAAGGUGGAGGACGCUCCCAUCACGGUGGUGCACCCUGCGCCCACAACCGCCACCGUGAAAGCUUGAUGGGACUGACUCGCGUUGGACUCGCGGGACCAGGGCGUCGGUUCCGGGGCUGCUGCGACCUUUGUAUUGUGCGCCCUUUCGGCGGCAAUGAUGGUGUACGAUAGACAGGACAUACCCAGUGUGCAUGUAGUAUUCGUAUGUAGAGCACAGAAUGAACGCGAUGUGUAGCCG